AUGUGCAUGCGAGUUUCUCCAACUGAUUCCGGUAACAGCGGAAUUUUAUUUGUUGGAUUCAAUCAAGAUUAUAGUUGUUUUGCAGUUGGUAUGCAAAAUGGAUUCAGAAUUUUCAAUUGUGAUCCUUUAAAACAAUUAGAACGUUAUGAAUUCGAUAUCCGAGAUGGUACCGGUGUUGGCUACAUGGAAAUGUUAUUUCGUACAAAUUUACUUGGUAUACUGGGUGGCGGUAAUCAUUCACGUCUACCAAGUAAUGUCGCUUGUUUAUGGGAUGGAAUAAAACAACAAUUUGUCUUAGAAAUCACCUGUGCUACAGAUGUUCGUGGCAUUCGUCUAAGACAUGAUCGAAUAAUAAUUAUACUCGUAAAUGCUAUCAAAGUGUACACAUUUAGCCCAUCACCUCAAUUAAUUUUUGAAUCAAAUACAUGUUCAAAUCCUUCAGGAUUAUGUUAUGUCUGUCAAAGUGUUGAUAAUCCAUUGGUUGUAUUUCCUGGACGACGACCUGGUGUUGUAUCAUUAGUUCAUAUUGGAAAUACUGGUUGUAAUGUCAAUCUUAAUAACAACGCAAAUAAUAACAAUCCUGGGAAUGUUACUAACAAUAACAGUAAUACUACUACUAAUAAUAAUAUUGGAAGUACAAAUACAAUAUCCAUCAAUACUAUUUGUCCAUCAUCAACAAAUGCUACUAAUAUGCCACCAAGACAAAUAAUUGCACAUGAAAAUCCACUUGCAUCAAUCACUUUAAAUCGUGAUGGCUAUCUACUGGCAACAGCAUCACAAAAAGGCACAUUAAUUCGUAUAUUUUCUACAAAAGAUUGUACUUUAUUACAUGAAUUGCGACGUGGCACUAGUCAAGCUACAAUUACAUCAUUAUCAUUUAAUAAAGAUAGUGAUUUAUUAUGUGUUACCAGUGAACGUGGUACUGCGCACAUAUUUUGUCUUACAAAAGAUUCUUUAACUAAUCCUCGUAAUAUUCAAAUUAGUAGUAGUAAUAGUAUUAGUAGUAGUAGUAAUAGUAGUAAUACUAGUAUCAAUCAUAACCAUAGUCCUCACUUGACAAAAUCUUCAGGAUUUGGCCAUGUACGAUGUGUUUUGGAAACGAAAUUCAAAGCUAUAUGUGCUUUCAGUUCUGUCAGUCCUGAUACUUUAAUAGUUUUAUCCGCAGAUGGAUCUUACUACAAGUACACAUUCACAGCAAAUGGUACGGUAACACGUGUAACAUUUGUAAACUUUCUAGAUUUCUAUGAUGAUGAAACAGAUUUCUAA